GAUUUAUAAAAUAAAAUCUCCAAGACUACUAUUCAAAAACACGCAUGCCGAUUUCUAAAAUAUUUCUUCCACUAAAAUGUAUUUUGCUUCAGCAAAAUGAAACCAUAAUAAUCUCAGAUCAUAAAUAAUUAAUAUCCGAAUAAUAACCGGUAUUCCUAUUGUUAUAGCUAGAAUGUACACGAAAACGUCAUUAGAAAAAAUAGAACGAAAAAAUGGGCAUGAGUAAUUAUUACAUUUCAGGCAGGUUUCGAGACCAAUCUGGUAACCAGUGCAAGAGUCUAUUAAUGACCUGUUGCUUGUUUGUUAACUAGAGCUAAUCUGAACCCUUUAUACCCGUCGCUCUGUAGUUAAACCGAAUGAGCCCAACCAAUUCUUCACAUCAUGGCUCCACAUUUGUUUAAAGGACAGAAUAGCUGUUCAUGCGGAAAGAACGACACGGCACCGCGGUGACAGAUCGAAAAAGGAGGCUAUAGCCUGCGUUUGAUACCUAAAUCGACAAGCACCAAAAAAUAAAAUAAAUAAAAAAUCAAAUAGGUCGAAUUCCGUCAACGUACGACAUAUACGAAAAACAAGCGUGUUUCGACUUCCAAAUAUUGUUUUUACUGUUGCGUCGAAGGCAGGUGUGGGUGUUAUGCACCAUUAAUUAAUUAAUUAGCUAGGUGCGAGGACACUUAUUUAGCUAAUUAAAGAUAAUUAGCAGGGAAUCUGAGUGUUUAUUAGUGGUUCUUAUUAAUUGCAUACUGUAGGAUCUGGGAUCUUCCUAACUUAAAAGCGCGCUUGAUCACAAGGGGAAAAAAAAAAAAGGUACAGAUGUUUUCAGAACUAUCACGUUAAUUUGCUUUUUAACAACUAACCCUAUAAACAGGCAACCCCUUGAACAAUUAACGUGGUGUAGACAAGAACGCCUAAGCUUUGUUUUUAGAGCAAAGUUAGCAAAACUGUAAAUAUUCUUUAUCAAACCGCUUUCUUUAAACAAGAAUCUUUCUUUUUAUCAAUGGACAGGUUAGUUUAAUGAAAGUAUGAAUGCAUUCACUUACCUAACCUUGCAUCAGAACGGUUUACACAGAGGUGACGUCAUCCAGAACAAUGGUACAUUGAUGAUAUCGCUUUGAAAUGCAUAAAACUGAAAUUGAAAUUUAAAAAUCAUUUUUUGUGGAUAAGUAAGAAUAUACAGCCAAAGAGGGUCUUUUUGUAAUCUGGUAAAAAAAAAAAAAAAAAAAAAAAAACUUGUGCAUUUAGAAUAAUUACCUAAAGAGCAACGUGAUGUUUAGUUUGGCCAGUUAUCUUCAAAAACUUUUUUUUCCUUCACAUAUCAAUAACAAAAGGGCAAUUUGAAGCACAACACGAGAGUUUAAAAUACCACAUAAUUUUAAAUUUAAGAAGACGGCACUGUUUUGUUAACGCGUGUUCAAAAAUACUAGGCCUUUUGAUAAUGCAAUAAUACAUGUAUGGUUGUACAACGUGUUUAUUUAAAUUUAACAGGAAUUUGUCACAAAAAAAAUCAAUGUGUAUUAUGUUUUCUAUAAUAUUCUCGCUGCAAGACCUCCUUUAGAUUUUAAACACUUGUUAUUUGAGAAAGGCUCAGGUGGACACAGUUGAAAGAAAUCGACAAGCCAAUCAGAUUGAACCUUCCCCCUUUGGCCAAUGAAAGCAGCCACAUUGUUGUCAAACUUGUCUAAUGAAAACGUAUAGAGCAACAAUAGAGAGGGGAAGAAAGAGAGAGUGAUUGAAGAUCUGUAUCUAGUGGCAAAAUCACCUCGAGACUUCGUUAGUGUCUCACCCUCGUGCCAGUGGCAACUUCUGCAGCUUUGGGGAGACGAGCUCGACUGCUUUGGUUUAUUAUAGACGUCUUCUAAGACCCAAAGCUCUCUGCAGCAACCCGUGGACUCUAAUCUUUUCUCUUUGGCACAGGGGAAAGCGACAGCAAAGUGCUCUUUUAAAAGUGACACGCUGUAUUUAUCUUACCGAACAAAAUCAAACCAUAUCGAGCUAUUUCUUUCGCUACAGUUUACUCUAGAGGCGACUUUCUGGAGUUGUGGAACUUUGUACAUUUAGAAGGAAAGAAAGACGCAGGAGAAUCAAUCUGAGAGGUAGUUUUUUUUGGUGUUAUUACAUAGAUUUGUAAAUAUAGAAAGUGCAUUUGUUAUAAACAAUCUAAUGUAAAAUUAUUGAUCUAUCAAAGAGGGCUGUGUAGACGUCUUGUCAUUCCGGCCUGAACAGUUAUUGAGCAGCUAAAUGUAUCUGUGAAGUUUUUCUUUGUAAUCGUUUAUCAUUUUUGUGCCUGAUUAAACAGAGCUUGAAAGAGCGCAAUAGUAACUUUUAGAAAGCUAGUAAGGGACAUGGAACUGAGAGCAGAGAUUCCUACAUCACAGUCCGGCUCCCACGCACUGCCGGGCGCUGGAGACGGCGCCGCGAACUCCAUUCCCGUUUCGAUGGCCAGUACCUUCUUGAGGGGGCCCCCGCUCAUCUUACGGACGACGGAGAAGUACCCCCGGACACCCAAGUGCGCCCGCUGCAGGAACCACGGGGUGGUGUCUGCACUGAAGGGCCACAAGCGCUACUGCCGCUGGAAAGACUGCAUGUGCGCCAAGUGCACGCUGAUCGCCGAGCGGCAGCGCGUCAUGGCAGCGCAGGUAGCGCUCCGGAGACAGCAGGCUCAGGAAGAAAACGAAGCCAGAGAGCUGCAGCUUCUCUACGGGACUGCCGAAGGACUCGCCCUGGCUGCUGCCAACGGAAUCAUCCCGCCCCGGCAGAAUUAUGAAGUCUUUGGGUCUGUCUGCAAUGACUCGAACUCUGACUCAAAACUGCACAAAUUCGAAUUUUUUCCGAAGAACCUGAUGUCAAGGUCAGAGACCCCUCAGCAGAGCCAGGGGAAGUCGAUUUCCACAGACACGGAGUCGGUGACAGGAAGCGUCCCCGGCACCUCAUCCCCCGAAGUGCGUCAUGGAUCUAGCUCGGAGAACGGAGACGGGGAGUCUUUCAUCAGUUCUCCUGUCUCUAAAGCCGUGAAAGAUGGUGAAGUCACCCCGGGCUCCAUUAGCCCACUGGGCUCCGACUCGGGCUCCGAAACGGACAAGGAUGAACAAGAGCCUUUGCCUCCAUCCGCAUCGUCGAAGCAGAUGAACGCCAUAGACAUUCUAACUAGAGUGUUCCCCACUCACAAGAGAAGCGUUCUGGAACUGGUGCUGCAGGGAUGCGGUAAGGACGUGGUCCAAGCAAUUGAGCAGAUCCUCAACAACAGCGGGCAGGCAAAGGCGCCCGAAAACACUUGGACAGCAGAACGGACCCUUCAGAGUGUCCAGCCACUCUCAGCCGCUACCCCGAGGCCAGUUCUUCCAGGAGCCAUGGGGCCUGCGAUAGGCACUCUGAGCAGCAGGUCAGCCUUUUCACCUCUGCAGCCCAAUGGCCCCCACUUUGGUGCAGACCCAACCACAUACCCACUCAGCACCCACUUGGGACUUAACCCGCUACGUCUGGCUUACUCUGCGCACAGCAGGGGGCUUGCCUUCAUGACACCUUAUUCAACCGCUGGGCUCAUGCCAACUUUGGGCUUUCGGCCACCCAUGGACUAUGCCUUCAGUGACCUCAUAAGGGACAGAACAAACUUGCACAAGGAGCAGGGUUACAGCAAUGGUCUUUAUGGGCCCAUGGUGAACAGUAACCCUGACAAGCCAUGAACCCUGACCUCUACCCAUCUCCAAAUCUAUCAAGAAGAGGUCAUUCAAAUAUUACACAAGAACCCCUUUAUAUAUAAAAUAGACACUGGAGCCCAUUCUCGUGUACGUGCUUUCAUAACCUCACCCAUAUGUCAGUUGCAGAAUAAUGUAUGUUUUUUUUCUGUGUAUGACUAAUGUCUUCCUCAGCAGUAGAGGACUUGAUUAAAUAAGGAAUACAUGAUUGCCAAAAAAGCCACAACGCGGGACUUUCUGCCAGUGGCGUCUUUCAGUGACAAUUUGAUGAAAGAUCUGAAUAGUUUUAUUGAAGCGGGACCUUGAUAUUAUAGGAUAUAACAAGGUAACAUGAUCUCGCUUGGUUCUUGACUCGUAUUGUCUGCUCUUUUUAUUCAAGCACAGGCUUUCAUGGCGAAAGUGCCAUACUCAACUUGAUUGUACAAGCGUUCUAAGGUGCAGUUUCUUUCUUUCUUGUUUUGUAAAAGCUGUUGUCACUAUCCUUGUUAUACAUCCAAAAUUCUGCAUUUUUUUGUUGUCUGAAUCUUUAAAAUAUACAGAAACACUCAAAAUAAUGUACUAAGUUAUUAAUGUAAGAUGCAGAUGGUUUCCCUGUGAGAGUUAAAGGGGCGACCUGCAAUGCACCUCUGCAUAAGGUGGUACAGGUUAAACUAUUGUAAUUUAGACAAUUGUGGUGGUGUUUUAUUCUUUUAAAUGAACAUUGAAAAUAUGUAUAUACCAAGUCUAGAGAAUUAGAGUAUAUUUGUAAGUGUAAUUUACCUGAAUUCUACAGCAGCAGCACUCGGUUCCAUGUUUGGUGAAUCUGCCCCUUUUCGUGUGAGGGAAGACCGUUUCUUUCCGAAUAAAUGUUGCCAGCUUUGUGUACAGUCACAGUAUGUGUUG